UGCAAGUUGGCCAUCGCAUGGACAUCUUCGGCGAUGCCACGUCCAUCCAGACAAAGUUCAUUGCAGCGCUGGCGUUGCUCUUUCUCUUCUUCGUCUUUCUUAUCAUGAUAACAUGGGACAGGUAUGGCAAAGAAGUGAGUGCGUUGUACGAAGCGAGGUUAGAAAGCCCAAGUCAGCCCACAGACGACGACGACUUCAAAGCCUACAAGACCUUGCCCACGUUCUUUUACGAAUACGCGAAAAAGAAAAAGCCUUAGCCUCGAGUUUGCAGUUUGCACAAUCGUGUAUAAUAUGAAAACACUUUUCAAGUCUCGA